AUGAUGACGACCUUUACUUAUCUCCUCUUGCUCCUCCUCCUUGGCCUGGUCAUGACCUGCGCCGCCAUCCCCGCCGCCUAUGACUCGUCUGGCUUCAGCAACUAUACCUUAUCCCUUGCCCAACUCUCUGCUCAAAAAGCUCUCUGCAGUUGUGACGAUACUCCAUGCCCAGAGAAGAAGACCGUUUGCAUGAACGGAGCCUGCACCUGCAUCCACCACGAAGGUUGCCGCGCCGAUUCCGACUGCGAGCAAUACCACGUCCCCUGCCCCCAUGGCCAAUCGAUGAUGUGCCAACAGAUGGACCCCUUCUGGCGCAACAACGUGUGUAUCUGUGUGACGGAGCCUGAUGGGGAUUACUGCAAGCAAGUGUUGACGCACUGUCCCUAUGCCACCACGCCUUACUGCUCGCUGGAUGAUGAGGAAAAGUUUCCAAAUGGCGAGGUUACGUGUCUUGAUGAUGAGUAUUUGCAGUGUAAGGAGCCGGAGAAGUGUAAGUGUUGGACUUGA